AUGUUGAACCUGCAGCAGAAGAAAAGCGAGGCUCAUGCUCUUCCAAUGGCCGCUCAAGAUGAUCCCAUGCUGCUUCCCACCCUCUCUCCCCCCAACACCUACCAAGCUGUCGUCAACGGCGGCACCUUUGACCGAUUGCACGAUGGCCACCGCCUCUUCCUCACCGCUUCAGCACAGUUGGCAAGGCACCGGAUUGUGAUCGGAGUUUGCGAUGGACCUAUGCUCGCAAAGAAGCAGUUUCUGAGGGUGGAUGGAAAGAAAAUGAAUGAUGUCCUAAUCUACAUCCAUCCAUCAGUUGCAUAUCAUUUAAGAUUUAUUUGA